AUGGCUGCCGAGGCAUCCGAAGACCUCUUUGAUUCCGAGUAUGAUUCCGAAACCAAUUCGGAUCUCCGUGUUCCCAAAUUUCAACAAGGCCAAGACCAAGAUGAACUGGAAGACAAACAAGUUGUUGUUGGCCCUGCCGAGGCUCCCCUCACCGACCAACAAGAUCUCAAGGAAGAUACCCGUACUGGUUCUGGUAUCACUGCUCGUACCAAUACCAGAACCAACCUAAAGACUAACCCUGACCCUACUCUGACCCUUGGGCUUAAGAAAGAUAUCAAACUGGAUGUGCCGUUGCAGCGCGUCCUUGACCAAGACGACGCCGAUCAGACCUUUAACAAGACCAAACAAGAUCAACCCAACUCCACGAAGCCAGACCGAAUCAUCGUCAUGGGCGAUACUGGUACGGAUUCCAAAGAGGAGACCAGCCCCAAGGACACCGCCGCCAACGCCAACGCCAACACUGAAUCCGUCAAGGUGGCCACGACAAACCACCCAGGACAAGAUCCGCACAUCGACACCCUCAGUAACAAGACCAGAUUGGAAGCCAUGAAGCGGAUGGCGUCUACAGACCUAAAGCACCAAGAAGAAACAAACAACGAUGACCAAGAAGACACGGGUGCCCUAAGUGUCCGUCGACAUGGUAGAAGGUUGGAUGAAACCACCGACUGGUUGAUUGGAAACACACGCAUGUACGGACCUAGAGAGACCGCUAGCCUCUCCAUUGGAUGGACUGCCGCCCAAAACUUUUGCAAGGCACAGGGCGGAUCUCUUGCCUCUAUCAAGGAAAUUUGCCCUCCGGAUGGAAGUACCAAUAGGAUGCCCCUCUUUGGAAUUCAGGAUCAGGGCGGAGAUCAGUGGGUUCCAAUUUCUGACAGCCUGAAUCAAUGGGUAAACGUGGGAAGUGGCCAGAAUCCAACCUGCACGAAGCAUGGCGGCGCUGCUCCGGAGAUUACCGGCCAUGGACAUCAGCAUGGGUGGGGCAACUUUGUUGUGUGUCGUCCCCGUUGGUACAAGUUUGGAAACACCCAGGUCAGGGAUAUUGGCGCUGCUGAAGAUGGUGCCAUUUGGGCAAUUGGAACUUAUGACUAUGGUCGUCACACUGUUGGGGAUUCAUGGGAGGAAAUAGGUGGAUGUGCUAAAAGAAUUUCAGUUGGAAGCAGCACAAACGUGGCGACUCUGAAUAAUGCGGGCCAAAUUUACCAACGGAACGGCAACAGUUGGGUGCUUGUACAAAGCCCUCCAGCUCGCGAUAUCAGUAUCACCAAGGAUGGAACUAUUUGGAUGACAGAAUUGGUAGCUGGAAGUAACUCUGGUGAUGUCCAUCGCAAGCGUCCCGCUGAUCUUGAUUUUUCCAAUUUUGGAGGAGGUGGAGACCGCAUUGCCGCUUCUGGUCCUGAUGUAGUUGCCCUCUGUAACACCGGAGCAGGGAACUUACUUUGGGUUAAUGCCGUUUCCCACUGGUACGAAGCUGGAACCUGUGAUAACGGCGACAUUGGCAUGUCCAGUGAUGGAACGAUUUGGACAACAGGAGUGCCGACAGGCCAGGCGAAUCCUGGUCUCAUCCGCAAAUCCACGAAAAUUUUGUCCCAUUCCACCAAGUGGGCGACCCCCAUUCCUGGUCAAACUGGCACGAACAUUGCGGCUGUCAGUGCAAACAAGGUCUAUCUGGUGGAUGCUGAUUUUAAUCUUUGGAAGUAUGAGAUCCCAGCCAAGAGAGAAGCAACCGGAAUCACUCGGGUGUUUGGUCCAACGGAUACCAGUGAUGUCAAGAGCUAUGAUCAAGCAGAAGAAUUCUGUGAAUCGCAGGGAGGAUCUCUUGCUUCCGCUGCCGAUAUCUGCCCCUUGGAUGGAUCUGCGCAACCAUACUUUGGAAUCCAGUCCGGAGAUCAUUGGGCUCCAGCUUCGGAUUAUCACAAUGCAUGGGUCGAAGUUGGCGUCCAUCCAGGCGAUGCACCAACUUGCACGUUCCACAGAGACACUUACAAUGGAGCAGAUCCUGAUUGGGGUCUUGACGGGAAUGUGAAGCUAGCCUGGGAGUCACACUACAUUAUAUGUAACAUGAGGACCGCGAUCUAUGGACCCAGUCACACCACCAAUGUCGAGUCCUAUGGCCAAGCUGUUUCCUUCUGCAAUGCUAAAGGAGGAACUCUUGCUUCCAGAUCGGACAUCUGCCCCCUCAACUCUACUGUACCCUAUUUUGGUUCUCUGGAGGCAGAUCAGUGGACGCCCGUUGCUGACUAUGCCAAUGCCUGGGUCCAGGUCGGAGUCCAUUCUGUAGCUUCAUCGUGCAGUUUCCACAGGGAGACUUAUGGAGAUCCUGAUUGGGGGGUUGAUGGAAAUCACAAGCAACCCUGGGAGUCCAAUUUCAUCAUUUGUACCUCAAACAGAGUCCUCUAUGGCCGAAACAAGAAAGUUGCUGUCAACACCUAUGAUAAAGCUCAAGCUUUCUGCAAGGCAAAAGGAGGAGCACUUGCUUCCAGUGCUGAUGUCUGCCCCUCGGGGGCACUUACCCUACCAUAUUUUGGAAUCCAGGUGGGGGAUCAGUGGACCCCUGUCUCUGACUACAAUAAUGCAUGGAUCGAGGUGGGAACCGAGGCUAAUGGCAAGCCAACUUGUCAAACUCACAACGCCUCAUUCGGCGUAACUCCUGAUUGGGGUUUGACUGGGACAUGGGCUCCUGCUUCAAACUACCUUGUUUGCUCCAGUCGUUGGCACAAGUUCAAUGGGUUGAAAGCUCAAAAUGUUGGUGCUGCGGACGAUGGAACCAUCUGGGUGAUUGGAACACACGACCAUGGCAAUGGUUGUUAUGCCAUCUAUCGUCACACAGGUGCAGAUGCCUGGGAAAACAUUGAUGGAUGUGCUCAAAGAAUUUCAGUUGGCAGCCAAGAACACAUAAUUGUAAUGAGCCCGACGGGACAAAUCACUAAAUGGACUGGUACUGGUUGGGUACUUGUACAAAGCCCUCCAGCUCGCGAUAUCAGUAUCACCAAGGAUGGGACCAUCUGGAUGACAGAAUUGGUGGCUGGGAGCGAUUAUGGUCCUGUCUGGCGCAAGCGUCCCACCGAUGGUGCUUUUGUGAAGUUUGGAGGUUCUGGUGAUCGGAUUUCUGGUUCCAGUUAUGACAGAGCCACCCUCUGUAAUUCCUUGCCAUCGAUAAAUUCAAACAUGAUGUUGGUUCAUGAUGGUUCCCACUGGUACGGAACUGGAACCUGCAGCAGCGGUGAUGUUUCCAUUACCGAUGAUGGAAUCAUCUGGACAACAGGAGUCCCCAAUGGCCAGGGAGACCCUGGAUUGGCCCGCAGGUCCACCUCUACAACAGCACAUGCUACCACAUGGGGCACCCCGGCACAGGGCAUGUCUGGUAAAGAAAUUGCUGCUGUGACCGCAAACAAGUUUCUACUGGUGGAUUCUAGCUACGGUCUCUGGCAGUAUGAGAUAGCUUCCUCUGAUGAUGACUUCAUUCAGCCUACACCAAGGCCAACUCCUGCCCCCACUGUUUCUCCUGCCCCUUCUUCCUCCCCAUCCUCUACACCUAGUAGUCCGCCAUCAUCAUCCCCAUCAUCCUUGCCUAGUGGGUUGCCAUCCAUAUCACCCUCUGAUGUGCCUAGUCUUGAGCCGAGUGCAUCCCCGAGUUAUGCCCCAUCUCAGCAGCCAUCGGACAGGCCGUCCCAAGUCCCAAGUUUGAGUUCUGGUCCCAGCUCACAACCAAGCUCAUAUCCAUCUACUUCACCCUCAUCCAGCCCAUCAUUGGCUCCCUCUGGUGUUCCCUCUGACUAUCCAACGAUUGCUCCAACUUAUGCCGCAUUUGCUUCCACCGUUGAGCAACGGUGGCAGUCAGAGUGGGGGAGUAUCAAAAUGUUUGGACCUCGGAAAACGAAGGUGCUGGAUGGUGGAUGGAACUCUGCAGAAGACUUCUGCAAUUCUCAUGGAGGAACGAUGGCCUCUCUAGCACAAAUUUGUCCUACUGGGACAACCAUUGCUGAGCCAGUCAAUGGGAUCCAAUCAACAGAAGGCGAUCAAUGGGCUCCUAUUGGAGACAGCGAAGGACAAUGGGUGAAUGUUGGAAGUAGUGCCCAGAACCCUGUUUGUACGAAACAUGGUGGAAGCACGGGCCAUGGUCAUGAUUUGGGCUGGGGGAACUACGUGUAUUGUUCCCCAAGCAAUUGGUACAAGUUCAGUGGAAUAAAAGUUAAAGAUGUGGAGCAAACAAUUCGAGAUGUUGAUGCUGCGGAGGAUGAUACUAUUUGGGUGAUUUCAAACUACAAAGUAAUGACUGACUGUUACAGUAUCCAUCGAUAUGUUGGAGGUGACACUUGGGAAGAAGUCAGAGGAUGUGCCAAUGCCAUUUCGGUUGGCAGCCGCAAUAAUAUCAUUGUGACCACCACCGAUGGGGAAAUUCACCAGUGGACCGGGCAUGGCUGGACAUUGAUCAAGAGCCCUGCUGCCAGAGAUGCAAGUAUCACCAAGGAUGGCACUAUUUUUAUGACAGAAUUGGUGUCCGGACAGGUUUUUGGCGAUGUCUAUCGCAAGGCUCCGACAGAUAAUGAUUUUGUGCUGUUUGGAGGCGCCGGAAGUCGAAUCUCUGCUUCAGGACCUGACAGGGUUGCCCUCUGCAACACAAUUGAUGACAACAAACUCUGGAGCCAUGGUGGUUCCCACUGGUAUCAAACAGGAAUGUGCGGCAAUGGGGAUAUCAGUGUUGCUGCUGAUGGAACCAUUUGGACAACAGGAGUUGCAAGUGGCCAGUCAAGCCCUGGAUUACCCCGUAGAUCACUUUCCAUGAGUGCCUCAGCUACAACUUGGGACAAACCUGUUCAAGGGAAGUCUGGUACCAAAAUUGCUGGUGUUCAUGCGGACAUGUUUGUGAUGGUUGAUUCUGCUGGGACUCUCUGGCAGUACAAGGUCCCAAUCAUGCCUAGCCAAGCAGGGACGACACCGCUGUUCGGACCUAGCCAGACAGCCAAUGUGAAAACCUAUGAGCAAGCAAAAGAAUUCUGCCAGUCCAAAGGAGGAUCCCUUGCCUCCAGUACAGACAUAUGCCCUACCACUGAUAAUUGGCGCAAGCACAGUGUCAAGGCCCGAGAUGUUAGCGUUGCAGAUGAUGGAACCAUCUGGGUGAUUGGAACUUAUGACUAUGGCAACAGAUGUUACAGCAUCUAUCGUCACACUGCUGGUGAUCCAUGGGAUUCAUGGGGGGAACUAAGCGGAUGUGCUCAAAGCAUUUCAGUUGGGAGCAGUACAAACAUUGUUAUUCUGAACAGUGGUGGCCAAAUUUUCCAACGGAACGGCAACAUUUGGGUGCUUGUACCAAGCCCUCCAGCUCGCGAUGUCAGUAUCACCAAGGAUGGAACUAUUUGGAUGACAGAAUUGGUGUCCGGACAGGACUAUGGCCCUGUCUACCGCAAGCGUACAUCAGAUACCAGUUUUGUGAAUUUUGGUGGCGAAGGAGAGCGGAUUGCCGGUUUAAAUGCUGACAAGGCUGUACUCUGUAACACAUUGGCGGGCAAUCAUCUCUAUAGCCAUGGUGGUGCUCAUUGGUAUGUCACUGGAACCUGUGAUAAAGGCGAUGUGAGUGUUGCUUCUGAUGGUACCAUUUGGACAACUGGAGUUGGAGCUGGCCAAACCCGACCUGGUUUGCCUCGAAGAUCAACUGCUUUUACAGCCCAUCACACUUCGUGGAGUCCUCCUGUCCAAGGCCACUCUAGUGGGAUCAUUGAUUAUGGUGGGAACAUUGCUGCUGUGAGUGCCAGAGAGCAGUUCCUUCUGGUUGAUUCCAACCUCAACCUCUGGCAUUAUGAGGCAGACAAGCCUUACUUUGGUAUUCAGCCUGGCGACCAGUGGACUCCAGUUUCUGACUACGAAGAUGCAUGGAUCCAGGUGGGGACACAUCCAUGGGGUGUGCCGGCAUGUUCGUUCCACCGAGACACACACAAUGGAGUGGAUCCUGAUUGGGGGAUCAAGGAUAACAAGAUGCCCUGGGAAGGAAAUUACAUUUUGUGCAACAUGGACAAAUUUAUUUAUGGGCCCGAUGAUACCUCCAAGGUGAUUGAUUAUGACGAUGCCAAGCACUUCUGUGAUUUGAAGGGAGGGACCCUUGCCUCUUUUAAUGAAAUCUGCCCACUUCCUCUUGUGAAAAGACCAUACUUUGGUGCUGCUGGUGGCGUCCACUGGACUCCAUUUGGGGACUACCGCAACGGCUGGGUUGAAGUUGGUGGCAAUGCAGUGGCUGAUAUGUGUUCCAGACACAGGACCAAGUAUGGUGACCCACGAAUUGGAUUAGGACCAAUGUGGGGAGCAGAAGAUGACAAGUUGGAAGGAGAAGCGGACUAUGUCAUUUGCAAGAUGGAGGGUGUUUUCGUAUAUGGACCGAAUGUGACCGUUGAUGUCAAGUCGUAUGCACAAGCCAAGACAUUUUGCGCUGCAAGGCAACUCGUCCUGGCCUCCAGCUCUGACGUCUGCCCCCCGGAUGGCUCAAACAAGCCAUACUUUGACAUCCAGACAGGGGACCAGUGGACACCGGUCUCAGACUAUGACAAUGCGUGGAUCCAAGUUGGGCUGCAUACGGAAGUUUCAUCUUGCAGUUUCCACAAGGACAAGUAUGGAGAUGCUGCUUGGGGCACCAGUGAAGACAAGAAAGAUUUUGAAGCAAACUACAUCGUUUGUACCUCUUGGUUUCACAAACACAGAGAGGCAACAAGUACUGAUAUUGCUGUGUCCAAGGCUGUGUUUGAGCGACGUGAAAAGAUCAACAAACUCUUCAGCAUUCCAGAUCACCACCUGCAUGGAAGAAUUAGCCGAAGCAUUGCUCGGUACAAAUAUCCCGAUGGCAAACAAAGGAACUUGUGUGCCUACUCAGAAAGUGGUUUCAACUUUCCCUACACCCUGGCAUACUACAAGAUGUACCCAGAGGAAGGGUCACUGGAGGUCAAGUACACUGCCAAUCUUGAAGAAAUGUAUGUCACUAAUGACCUUCAAAUCAUGAGACCCUUGACUGGAAAUGGAUACUUUUCUGUUGGUGACAUCAUUUGGGAUGGAAAAGUUAAUACAACAGAGAAUGGCACAGCUGUUUUGGUCCACCAAAAGAAGGCGCUAUUGGUCAAAGGCAGCCGUUCUGCCUUGAAGAAACCCCUCUACUAUCAGAACAUCUUCAAUGCAUCAAUCGGAUCUGCACAAGAGACAGAAGGAGGAGGACUGAACAGUGGCGGAGGAAGCGAUACAAACACAGAUAUGCUCUCCACAAAUGGAACAGAAAACACGGGAGCAGUAGCAAUCAAUAAACCGACCUUGUGGCAUGAGUACAGUGGGGUCACAGUUCGUGAUGUUGGUGCUGCAUAUGAUGGCACAAUUUGGGUGAUUUCGAACUAUACGGUAAUGAAUGGUUGUUACACCAUCCACCGCAAACUAGAAGGAGACACCUGGGAGGAAGUCAGAGGGUGUGCCUCUGGCAUCUCAGUCGGCAGCAGCGAUAACAUCAUCAUUACAACGGAAGAAGGGGAAAUAUUCAAGUGGAGUGGUCAAGGGUGGGAUUUGAUCCCAAGCCCCGCUGCACGAGAUGCAACUAUCACUAAGGAUGGAACAAUCUUUUUGACAGAAUUAAAAGAUGGAACAGACUACGGCAAUUUGUGGCGCAAGCGUCCAUUUGAAGGUUCUUUUGUGCUGUAUGGUGGAUCUGGAGACCGAAUUGCUGCUUCAGGGCCGGACAAGGUGGCCCUAUGUAAUUCCUUGCCAUCUGUAAAUGAAGAUUUGCUUUGGAGCCACGGAGGUUCCCAAUGGUAUGUCACUGGAGUUUGCAACAAUGGAGCUGUCAGCAUUGCUGCUGAUGGAACUAUCUGGACAACAGGAGUCGGACAAGGUCAACAAGGCAGAGAAAGUGCUGGAUUGGCACGGAGGUCUACCAUCUCAACAGCCAUUGCAACCACAUGGGCUGAUCCCAUUAUAGGACAUUCCGGUGUGAAGAUUGCUGCCAUGAGUGCCAUAGAGUUUGCGCUGGUUGAUUCAGACAACAAGUUAUGGCGAUAUGAGAAUCCGGGUCUACGAGUUCCCAGGACUGGUAAUACUCAAGUUUUUGGGCCACGAGAAACUGGAGCUAUCAACAGCUAUGACCAAGCACAGCAGUUUUGCGAGAUGAAGGGAGGAACACUUGCUUCCAGUUCUGACAUUUGCCCCUCUGGAAGCUCAAGCUGGCCUUACUUUGGUAUCCAGGAUGGUGAUCAAUGGACACCUGUAUCAGACUACCGCAACGGGUGGAUCCAAGUUGGGAGUCAUCCAGUAGUUUCGACGUGCAGCCUUCACAGGGAAACGUAUGGAGAUCCUGAUUGGGGUCUUGAUGAAUUUGAGAAGAAAGCAUGGGAGGCUAACUAUGUCCUUUGCAGCAUGAAGAUCUUUGUGUAUGGACCCACCGAAACUUCCCAUGUCAACAGCUAUGAUCAAGCACGCAACUUUUGUGUUGCAAAGGGAGGGUCCCUUCCAGCCAGUUCUGAUAUUUGUCCCUCUGAUGGUUCUGAACUUUGGCGGAAGGAGUGGGGAGACAUCCACAUGUUUGGGCCCAGCGAAACCAGUAGCCUGGCCAUUGGAUGGACCGCAGCACAAGACUUUUGUAAUUCCAAUGGUGGAACCCUUGCCUCUAUUAAGGAUAUUUGUCCUCCUGAUGGUGGUACCAACUCCACGCCAGUCACUGGGAUUCAGUCAACUGCCGAAGAUCAAUGGGCCCCAAUUUCCGAACGUGAGAAUCAGUGGGUAAAUGUGGGUGUUGGUCAGUCAGCUGCUUGCACCUUUCACGGCGGCGCUGCUCCUGAGAUUACUGGACAGGGCCGUCACCAUGGGUGGGGAAAUUAUGUGUUCUGUUCUCCCCAUGCAAAGGGUUGGUACAAGUACCGAGGUGUUAGUGUCCGAGACGUGGGUGCUGCGCAGGAUGGCACAGUUUGGGCGAUUGGAACUUAUGACUACGGCAAUAGCUGUUACAGCAUCUAUCGUCACACUGUUGGGGAUGCAUGGGAGGAAAUAGGUGGAUGUGCUAAAAGAAUUUCAGUUGGAAGCAGUAUAAACGUGGCGGUUCUGAAUAAUGCGGGCCAAAUUUACCAACGGAACGGCAACAGUUGGGUGCUUGUAGAAAGCCCUCCAGCUCGCGAUAUCAGUAUCACAAGAGAUGGAACUAUUUGGUUAACAGAGCUCGUGUCGGGAAGUAACACUGGUGAUGUCUAUCGCAAACUUCCAAGUGAUUUUGCCUUCAGGCGCUUUGGAGGAGGCGGAGACCGCAUUGCCGCUUCUGGUCCUGAUGUGGUUGCCCUCUGUAACACUGGAGCAGGGAAUCUACUUUGGGUUAAUGUUGGUUCCCACUGGUACGAAGCAGGAUCCUGUAUCAAUGGUGAUGUUGGAAUUGCCAGUGAUGGAACGAUUUGGACAACAGGAGUUGGAACUGGUCAGACAAGUCCAGGUCAACCUCGGAGAUCGAUUACCUCCACUUCAACUGCUACAACUUGGGAUGCUCCUGUACAGGGAAGGCUUGGAGGCAACAUUGCUGCUGUGAGCGCGGACAAAUUCCUGAUGGUUGAUUCUAGCAACCGAUUGUGGCACUACGAAAGGCCCCAACCCAUCGAACCAAAGAUUGAAACCUUAAGUGGUGGCAGUCACUUUGUGCCCUUUGAUGACUAUCAUAAUGGUUGGAUUGAAAUUGGAAGUGAUGACCAAUCGCCUGUUUGCACCAAAAAAGGUGACGUGACAUCAGAGCCCAACUAUAUUGUAUGCGACUUGUACAGGGUUGUUUUCGGGAAAGGCCAAACCGCUGAGGUCAAAACCUACGAUCAAGCGAAAGACUUCUGCAGAGCAAAAGGAGGGUAUCUUGCUUCCAGUGCUGAAAUUUGCCCUUCUGCUGCUGCUCCCCCGGUGCACUGGCAAAAGUAUGACAGAAUCAGAGUCACGGAUGUUGGUGCUGCAGAUGAUGGGACUAUCUGGGCGCUUGGAACUUAUGACUAUGGCAAUAGCUGUUACAGCAUUUAUCGCAUCACUGGUAUGGAUUCAUGGGAGGAAAUAGGUGGAUGUGCUACAAGAAUUUCAGUUGGAAGCAGUACAAAUGUAGCGGUUCUGAACCCUUAUGGCCAAAUUUACCAACGGAACGUCACUCUUUGGGUAGUGGUACAAAACCCUCCAGCUCGCGAUAUCAGUAUCACCAAGGAUGGAACUAUUUGGAUGACAGAACUGGUGGCUGGACAUGACCAUGGUCCUGUCUGGCGCAAGCGUCCCACCGAUAGUGCUUUUGUGAAAGUUGGAGGUUCUGGUGACCGAAUUUCUGGUACCAAUGGGGACAAGGCAGUAUUAUGUAACAAACACGCAAUUUGGGGCCAUGGUGUUGAUGGAUGGGCCGCAACAAGCGGUUGCAAUGGUGGUGAUAUUAGCUUAGCUGCUGAUGGAACCGUCUGGACAACAGGAGUUGACCAAAACCAGACAGGUCCUGGAUUGGCCAAAAGGUCAAUCACGUUUACAGCUAACAUUACGUGGGCACAACCAGUACAGGGCCAGUCGGGUACAAGCAUUGCUGCUGUCAAUUCCAGAGAGUUCCUACUGAUCGAUUCUACCAACAAUCUCUGGCACUAUUUUGAAGCAGAUGAACCUUACUUUGGAGUUCAGUCUGGCGAUCAGUGGACUCCUGUCUCCGAUGAUAUCAAUGCAUGGGUGCAGGUGGGAGUCCAUCCUUCUGGCCUCGCAUCAACAUGCCGGCUUCACAGAGAUACACACAAUGGGGUUGAUCCUGAUUGGGGGAUCAAGGAUAACAAGAUGCCCUGGGAAUCGAAUUAUGAGGGUCUCUUGCUUCCAGUGCUGAUAUAUGUCCCUUGGGACCAAGCAAAGAUCCAUACAUUGGUAAACAGUAUGGUGAUCAAUGGACGCCUGUCAUGGAUUACCACAAUGCGUGGAUCCAGGUGGGGGUCCAUCCACAGGGUGUUCCGACUUGUGCCCUACACCGAGAUGCUUACAAUGGAGUGGAUCCCAGUUGGGGUCUUGACGGCAAUGAAGAAUCCUGAGUCCAACUACAUUAUUUGCAAGUCUGGCGUAGAUCCACAGACAACACUGGUGGCUGCUGCGGACAACAAGUUCCACAUGUUUCCAGAACCACUUCCUGAUAGUUCAAAGGGGUGUGUUGCAUUCAAGACCAAAGCUAAAAUGAAUCAAUCUUUUGGCUUGUCAUCUAGAGCAGAUCUUGUGCAAGAUCCUACCAUGGACUGGUUGUGGGUUGAGUUGGGUACAAGAUGGGGAGCACAUUCGUGGUUCAUUGCGAAUGGUGAAGUUCUGAAUGUUAUUGACCACAAAGACACCAACUCAACCAACUCAACCAACUACACACCAUCAUUUCUGGAUGGGACACCAAAUGACUUUUGGGUGUGCUCUCUGGCAGAAUCAGGUGGGCUCUCAUUUGAGAUGGGAACUGGCCGAGAUCCCUCAAACCAUUCCUCUAGGUUUAUCAUGGUGUCUCUUCCUGACACAACACCAGGCGAACGGCCUUUCUUUGGCUUCAAGUCCUACAACACCGAAGAGUUGUACAGUGAUAUUGAGGUCAUUGAUUUGAAUGCAGCACCAGCUCCAACACCCGAGAUUGCAGCACGUUAUCUCAUCAGUUCAAACACCUCAGCACCAACAAGCCCCCCCGCAGGACCUACUUUUCCCCUCAACACCACAAACGCAACCGACAGCGCUUCCUCUGCCCCAUCUAGUGCUCCAACUGUCACUCCACCUUCUCUUUGGAGACCCAUUCCUCCGCCUGGAUACACAUGCCUGGGGCAUGUUUGGACCAUUGAUGACACUGAGCCACCCACUGAUCUUGUCCGAUGUAUCCAGACAGUGUAUGUAGAGGCAGUGAAGGAUCCAAAGUAUCAGUGGGACAGCCAAUCGAAUUUUGACUUUGAUGAGCUGACUCUGUGGGAGGCCACACAGACAAAAACAACCAUCUCUCCGGGUACAUUCAUUUCUAGGGGUUGUGAGGCUUGUGAUGCACCUUUGGAAGAGUUUUAUGCACUGAGGAAGGAGUGCAUUGUGGGCCAUGGGUCCGUACCAUUCUGUGCCAACCCUGGCACUCCUUGGAAAGUGGAGGUUGCAAACCAAACCAAGAUUGAUAUUCCAUAUGCCAAGCUUCAACCAUGUGGCUUCCAGCAAGAAGACAAAAGGAUCUAUGGCGGACAAGACAACCCCAAUAAUGAGUGGGAAAAUUAUGCGGUUGAAUUGCACAACAAGUCUGGAUAUGUUGGCUGGAAGCACCUUGGGGCAUCGUAA